GGGAAACCCUGAAAGAUUCAGGGGGCCAAGUGAUGGAUUUCUUUUUUCUUUUUUUUUUUGGAUUUAAUCAGUGUUGUUUGAUAUUUUCCUGGGGGGCCACAAUUGCUGUCUGCUCGCAACCAACUGGAACAAAAUGUGGUAAAAACAGAGGCUUUGCCGCCUUCUGCUGGUACUCUCAACACUUCAAUAUGCGCAACACAGCGCAGUGCGAAACGUCUUGAACAACGGUGUCUGUGCGCAUGGCUAUCAACACAACGUCAUUCAAGCGACAGUGCUUUACGAAGACCGGUGGCUUGUUCUAUUUUUAAUAGUUGCUUGUUUCCAAAGUUGUAUAUUGAAAUCAGUUUUCAUGCAUUCCUGAAAAUGCAUGCAAGGUUCGCUGUGAAGUCUAAACCAAGUAAGAAAAAGUCUAACAUACAGACGUCCAUCAGUAAAUUCUUUGCUGAAGUCAAUAAGAAACCAGAAGGCGACAGUGCAAAUAAAUCUGGGAUUAAUUCGAAUACUCUUCACCUUGGGGUGGGAGUGAAGAAAAAACACUGUGAAGAUGGAGUGGAAUCCCCGGGGAAGCGAGCCAAACUGUCCCAUGAUGGAGAGUUUGAAAACAUGGACACUGAUGCCACUUUCAGUGACAGUAUCAAAGAGCCAAGACCUCCGACGUCCAGAGGUAGCCUUUCGUGCUCCACCCUGGAAAGACUGAAAGGCUUCAGUUGUCCCAGCACAGCGCCGAGAAAUGGGCCAGAGGAAAAAGGGCCACAUACUUCAUGUGGAGGGGGCCUCAUGGACCACAGCAGAGAAUCAGCAGACAGCCCCACAAACAUUAAAAGAGAGAGCCCAGGGGAGGAGGAGAAGGAGGUGGAGGCCAUUGAGCAAAAACAGGUCCGGGGAUUCAACUUCAGUCAGUUCACCAAGGCAGGUAGCGGUGCCACCAAGAGGAGUGCCCCUGAAGUGAGUGCCCCCAACAGGAGAACCAAGAGCAUCUACACCCCCCUGGAGCAGCAGUUUCUGGAGAUCAAAAAACAGCACAAAGACACUCUCCUUGGUGUGGAGUGUGGCUACAAGUACAGGUUCUUUGGAGAGGAUGCAGAGAUUGCUGCCAAGGAGCUGAACAUUUUCUGUCAUAUGGAUCACAACUUCAUGACUGCCAGCAUCCCCACCCAUCGGCUGUUUGUACACGUCCGUCGCCUGGUCUCCAGCGGAUACAAGGUGGGUGUGGUGAAACAGACCGAGACCUCUGCCAUCAAAGCGUCAGGUGCCAAUAAGAGCUCCCUCUUCACCCGUGAGCUGACUGCCCUCUACACAAAGUCCACGUUGGUGGGGGAGGAUGUAAAUCCUCUUCUGAAGCUGGGAGACUUGGAGGAUGCUGAGGAUGUGGUGCAGGAUGCCCCCAACAACUACCUCAUGUGCGUGUAUGAGACCUGGGACAAGCAGUCGAAGGAGCUCAUUGUGGGUGUCGUGGUGGUCCAGCCUACCAUUGGAGACCUGAUGGUGGACUGCUUUACAGACAACACGUCCCGCUCCGAGCUAGAGUCCAGAGUGCUGCGGAUCCAGCCAGUGGAGAUCCUGGUGCCCUUUGACCUCUCAGAGCAGACGGAGAGGCUCCUACGCAACAUCGCCCUUGCCAGUGUGCAGGAGGACGACCGUCUACGCAUUGAACGGCGUGAGAGCACCCAGUUUGAGUUUGGCAUAGCCAUGAACACAGUGAAGGACUUUUACUCAGACCCAUCUCAUCAAAGGCAGGAUGGAACGGAAAAGGGAGUUUAUCCAUAUUACAACCUGGAACGACCCGUCAUUUGUUGCCUGGGUCCCAUCAUCCAGUACCUGACGGAGUUUAAGCUGGAACGUGUCCUGCUCUGCUGCAGCUCCUUCAAGCGGCUCUCGUCCGAGACGGACGGCAUGGUCCUCAAUGCCACCACCCUGAAGAACCUGGAGGUGCUCUGCAACCAGACUACAGGUGCUGUGAAGGGGAGUCUGCUGUGGGUUCUUGACCACACUAUGUCACCGUUCGGGAAGAGGCUGAUGAAGAAAUGGGUGGCACAGCCCCUUAAAUCAGUUCAAGAGAUCCGUGACCGGCACGAUGCCGUGGCUGAAAUCCUCUCCUCCGACUCCAGCGUCCUGCCCUCCAUCAGGUCCCUGCUCAACCGCCUGCCUGACCUGGAGAGGGGCAUCUGCAGCAUCUACCACAAAAAGUGCUCCACGCAGGAGUUCUACCUCAUCAGCAGCACGCUGGCACGUCUGGCCGUGGAGCUCCAGACCCUGGCUCCGCUAGCCCAGGCCCAGCUCCACUCCAGCCUGCUCCAGAGCCUCCUGCUGAGCCUGCCCCAGCUGCUGGCCCCUGCCAGAGACUUCCUCAGGGUGCUCAACGAGAACGCCGCCAAGAAAGGGGACAAGACGGCGCUUUUUUCCGACCUGACUGACUUUCCACUGAUCCGCGAGAGGAAAGGGGAGAUUCAGGCGGCACUGCUGGAGAUCCAGGAGCAUCGGCGAGAAGUCCGCCUUAUUAUGAGGAAUCCCUCUCUGGAUUAUGUCACUGUGUCUGGACAGGAGUUCCUGAUUGAGGUGAAGAACUCCAUGUCAGCUACAGUGCCAGGCGACUGGAUAAAAAUCAACAGCACAAAGGUCGUGGGACGCUACCACACUCCCUUCAUCGUGGAGAAGCACCGCCAGCUCCUGCGGCUCAGAGAGCAGCUGGUUAUUGACUGCGGCCGCGAGUGGAUCAACUUUCUGCAUUUGUUUGGGGAGCACUACUACAUCCUGAAGAAAGCCGUGUGUCACCUAGCAACCGUUGACUGCCUCUUCUCAUUGGCGCAGGUUGCUAAAGAAAACAAUUACUGCAGGCCCGAGGUGCUGGAAGUUGAGCGUCAGAUUGUGAUCCAAGAGGGCCGGCACCCAGUAAUUGAUGUCCUGCUGGGCGAACAGGAUCAGUACGUGCCCAACGACACGCAGCUGCAGGGCGAGGGCAAGCGAGCCAUGAUCAUCACAGGACCCAACAUGGGCGGGAAGAGCUCCUACAUUCGCCAAGUGGCCCUCAUCACCAUUAUGGCCCAGCUUGGCUCCUUCGUUCCUGCCCAGGAGGCCUCCAUAGGGGUCGUGGAUGGCAUCUACACCAGGAUGGGGGCCUCCGACAACAUCUCGAGAGGUCGUAGUACUUUCAUGGAGGAGCUUGUGGAGGCGUCCGAGAUUUUGUCCCGGGCAACGUCUCGCUCCCUGGUCAUCCUGGACGAGCUGGGCCGUGGCACCAGCACACACGAUGGCAUUGCUAUAGCCUAUGCCACCUUGGAGUUCUUCAUUAAAAACGUGAGGUCCUUAACUUUGUUUGUGACCCACUACCCUCCUCUGUGUGAGCUGGAGAGAGUUUACCCAGAACAUGUGGGAAACUACCACAUGUCUUUCCUCCUCAACGAACCCGACACCAGAGAUGAAGAGGGGGAGGUGCAACCCCAGUUCAUCACUUUCCUCUAUCAGCUGACGGAGGGAGCCGCCGGCCGGAGCUAUGGGUUGAACGUGGCACGCCUGGCCGCCAUCCCAGAGCCCAUCCUCAGGACCGCCGCGCUCAAGUCCAAGGAGCUGGAAGCACUCGUCGAUGCCAGGAGGAGGAGUGUGAAGCUGUUAUCAGACAUCUGGAACAUCACUGAUAAAGAAAUAUUAGCUGAAUGGAUCCAGUCAAACAUUUGAGUACCAGUGGACUCUAAUGUGGGUCUCAAUGAUCUGUCCAUUCAGACAGGUCUUGCUGCUCUGACUGUAGGACCCAAACAAACAUUUGGGAUUUGUCUUCACCAUAAACACCCUCAGCAAAAUGGUGUGCUCUGCUGAUCAGCUAGUUCUACCAUGUUAAUGGUGCUUUUAGGACUGUUUUUACAGCUGUAUAAACUCAUUGUUAAAGUGAACUCCUGUACAUUCUUAAAUGUUGUAUUCAGUUUGAAAACAUGCAGUUCUGUGUACACAUCACAUGGCUAGGUGCCUAAAUUGGCAGAUACGCUAGAUUUUAAUGGCGUAUUAACACCAGAUCAUGUUUGCUCCACUCAUGUUUGUCCUUCCAUAUGGUAUGGAAAUGUGUGCUCUUAGUUAACAAUCAAAGGUUCAGGUGGCAGAUCGUUUCAUUCAUCAUCUGAUUAAUUCAGUAUCUGAACUGUAAAACAGGGGUCCUCAGAUGUCUGUUGUUGAACUGUGUAUGCAUUUUCUUAAUCACUGAAAAUUUGAACAUUAGAACACAGCUCUCAGGAUUAAUGCCAAAUAGUGAAGACCUAACAGACCCUGUACUGUAACAUAUUUAAUCAGCAACAAGUUACCUACAACAUACCUAUCAUACAUUGGGUUUCUGUCAUCUAACUGGAAAUAGCAGGGAAGCUUUUUUUUAAAUAAAGGUCUUCUAUUGGUGUC